CUCGUCCGCGCUCCCCCGCCCGCCGCGCCCGAUCCCAAGAUGGCGGCGCCCAGCAGAAACUGGGACUCCUACGGCAGAGCCUGGUUUGCCGCGGUGCUCUUGGCGGCGGUGGCUUCGAGGCCGGCAGGGGCAGUGUCCGAGCCCACGACAGUGGCGUUUGACGUGAGGCCCGGUGGCGUCGUGCAUUCUUUCUCCCAGAACGUGGGGCCCGGGGGUAAGUUUACCUGUCUGUUCACUUACGCAUCUCAAGGAGGGACCAAUGAGCAAUGGCAGAUGAGUCUGGGCACCAGCGAAGACCACCAGCACUUCACCUGCACCAUCUGGAGGCCCCAAGGGAAGUCCUACCUCUACUUCACGCAGUUCAAGGCGGAGGUGCAUGGCGCCGAGAUCGAGUACGCCAUGGCCUACUCAAAAGCCGCCUUUGAACGUGAAAGCGAUGUUCCCCUGAAAAAAGAGGAAUUUGAAGUGACCAAGACAGCAGUGGCCCACAGGCCCGGCACCUUCAGGGCAGAGCUGUCCAAGCUGGUGAUCGUGGCCAAGGUGGCUCAUGGCGAGCUGUGAGCACCCAGAGCACGGGUCGGCGGCUCUCUCGGAGACCCUUGGAGCCCACCUGACACCAGUGUCCCUGCUCAGCUGGCAGCCGUGUGUGGAGAAGCCACCGCCCACCCUGCUCCUGCACUGCAUCCUGGCCCCGCUCCUCGCACUGUGGACCCAGGGCACCGAGCCUUCUGAUGCCAGCCUGGUUCUCCAGGGACCUGCUGGGCACCAGGAGCCCCCAGGACUCAACCCCACUGUCACCAGGGGACCUUCUUUGAGACAACUGGGAAGACACCAAAUGUUCUUUCAUAUUUAAAUAAAAAACUGAAAAAAAAC